UUGCAGUGGUGUGCUCUUUCGGCUUCCUUCCACCAGGUUGUCGCCUGAUAUCCAUUCCCUCGCGGGCCUCGCGCCAGUGGUAACAGUCGGCCACAGACCGGUGGUUUCCGCACAUUCGCAAGCCUCAGAAGGGCAUUCGCAGAGGACCAACAGAAUCCGCCCUAGGCCGCCGACACCAUGAAACUUACGCUGUUCACAAUAUUGGCCCUCUGUAUAAUAGCCGUCUGCAAAUCAGCCGAAGAGGAAUAUGAUUACGAGGAGGAGGCAGCAGCGCCCGCGCCGGUGACACCGGCGCCGACAAAACCAGCAGGUGGUCGACUGGGAGGUCUUCUAUCUUCGAGAGGACGUGUCAAUGUACCAAAUGUAGGAAAAAAGAAAGCACCGGCACAAUCAACAACAUCGAAACCGGUAGAGCAAGCGCCCGAAGAAGAAGAGGUGGAAGGCGAAGACGCGCUUGACGAAAAUCAGGACGAAGCGCUUACGACGACGACUGAAUCUGCGAAGAAACUUCGAAACAACGGUGGCGUCAGGCCCUUCAGAUCAAACGAGGAUCUUUUGGCUGCCUUGAAGAGACGAAGAGCUCAAACUGGACCUAGUAGUCAUUCACGUGAAACUGCCGCCACGCAUUCUGCAGUGGAACAUACCACAGCCAAGUCAAAAGCCAGCACAAACAAUCGUAAGGCUAGCACAAGUAACGCAGGUAACGCAAGUAACGUAGGUAACGAUGCAAGAACAUUAGGACGCGGCAGGUUCGGAGGAAGAGGAAAGACUGUUCAGGAGGAGGUUGAAGAGACCCAGCGGGAGGAAAUCCAAGUAAAGCCAACUAAAGGCAACUCCUACCGCAGGCGCAGUUAAAGCGAUCGCCAAUUCGUGAUAAGAGUUGCCUGAGCUUGUUGAUUUCUUAGAACGCGCAUCAAUCGAAUUCGACAAUCGAUCAGUGUCCGAAAACCGUCGUCUUUCUCACGAUUUUCUUGUACGAUUUUAUAAAACAGUCUUACUUGCCGAAUUCUUAGGAACCGUAGAUCCGGAAUACCAUAGUCUCGAUUUCCGUGUAGGCGAACUUUCGAUACACAAUUAAUCACACUAAAGAAUUGUAGUACAUUUUGUGCACGAGUCAUAUGGAGACAUCACGUCUUUCUCGAACAAUAACUUCGUUUAUGUCUUACCGCGCGAUAUUAAAAAUAUAAACGAUCAACAGAAAGCUAGGAAGUAUCGAUUAUUACGACGAGUGUUAAUCGAAAAAAAGAAAUGAGAUCUUCCCCUUAGCCAUACUAAGCUUCGAUCGACGCGUGCAUGUUGGGGAUGAUGGAGAAAUGAUGUGUACAUAGCAAAACACUGUCAUCCGUCAAGCACCUAAAUCAUCUAUUGUAUAAAUGUAAAUUAAUGUGACAAUAAAGUUUCUCUGG